UUGCCUGCUCCACCAAUCAGGACCCUUCUCCCAACUCCCGUCGCCUCUGCCAUCAGCCUGUGGACACGCUCAGCAAGCCUGGCCCUCCGUGUCAGUACCGUUAUUGGCGGAUAUGGUCUCGGCGCAGCCAAGGCCACGACCCUCUCGAGUCUUGAGCUCGGGAGAGGCAUCCUCGAGGGCAUCCUGCACCGUGCCGGCAACGAGACCUUCCUGCGGUCCAACUCGGACCUGGAGAGAGCCGAUGCAGAGACGGUCAUGGAGAGGAGCCUCGAGGGCCUCCACCUCGCACUGUCCCAGGUCGUCUUCUGGACAACAGCGGGCUUCCACCUCACCGGGACUACACUGUCCACCAUCUCCGACAUAUCGCAGUUGACCUUGUCGUAUCUUGACUCGGUCCUGGGCUCGACCGAGUCAUCCAGGGCCAUCGCGAGCAUCAUCACCUUGAUCCGACGCGAGUUCAACAAUCCGGCAACGGGCCAGCCAGGCGAAAAGGUCGGUGUCUUUGACCUGAUCGUCGGCAUGGUCGGCAUGGCAUACUUUCAGAGGUGGGCCUGGAGACUCAUCGAGGAAGAGAACCAACGGCUGCAGGUCGAUGAGAUCCUGUGGGAUGUAGUCAUCCUCAACGACGAGGAGACAUUUGACUACAACAGAAUCACGGAUGGACAACAGCGGUCCAACAACAAUAAAGACAACGGCAGUCCAAAGGACCAUGUCGUCAGGACCAUACAGCAGCACGGGGCAGAAGAUGACAGCACCGACGACGAAAGUCUUGUCCCGGAGUCCCGGCUCAGGAGUCAGAUCAUGGACGCGCUCCCUCCUGGGGCCAAGGUGGUCAUCACCACCGAGACAAAAACUACAAAAACGAUCACUGUCGACGUCGUCUCGGGCACGCAGCCGAGCCGCCUGGCGCCGCCACCGGGCGUGGAGCUCGUGGAGGAGACAAGGCUGGUGCCCUCUUCCUCGCAAGGGGGCCAGCGCUGGUCUGUUGCAUCGGACCACAUGCUCCCAGAUACCACCACCAACGAUACCCCAGCCGCGUAUCGUGUCGUCUAUCGGGUUGGCAAGAACAGUCUGAGGAGCACCGAGAUGUCUCGGGCCGCAGGGCAAGAUCAAGACAUGCCUCGCUUUGUGGAACAGAUUGAUGAUUCAGACACUGAUAUGUCUCCGGAUGAGAAGCAAACUUCCCACGACGACAAUGAGGAGGACAAGCCUCCUCCACUACCUCCCAAAUCCCCGCCUUCGCUGCGUCCGAGACCCGCAGUCGACAUAUCUGCGCAUGCAUCUACUGCACCCCAUAGUACUGGUCAGGGUCGAGGCACUCCGGUCCAGACGAGACAGACCACCCUUCCUACACGAGAUGGCGAACCUUCAGCAAAUCAGAAACGGGUCAGGGCGCCGGCAUCCUCUCAGACAGCUUCCUCCAGCAGCACCGACCUACCACGAAAGAAGCAGCAGCCCAUGCAAUCAAUGUCAAAGUUGUUGUCGUCAUCUUCGUCGUCGUCGUCGUCGUCGUCGUCGUCCAAAAAAUCAACAAAGGACAACCUAGAAGCGUCACAAUCUUCAAAGACAUCCAUUGAAAAAAAGGGUGGCUUGCGCAACGUACAACCACCUCCACCGCCUAAAGGAGCGCCCCGACCAGCACAAGCAGUAGCACCCCGGAAGGCGCUGACAACUCGGGCUCUGGCUGAAUACUCGGGGGACCUGCAGCAAAGCCCAUCACGAGCUAGCUUUAUAUCGGUACACGAGCGUCGAAGAGACUCGCUCGUCUCCCAGACAGACACCUUUUCCAUACACUCCGUGGAAAGCCACAGACCUGUGUCCCCUACCUUCCCGCGCAGUUACGUGCCCAACCCGAGGCCCGAACGAGACGUGAAGCAACCUCCACCAUCGCCCCCAGACCAUCCAAAAGCGGUGUCACACCGCUAUUCUCCCAGCAUCUAUACCCUCAGGACGACCAGCUCUCAGACGUCCCUUGUUCCCUAUGUCGAGCCCAGUCCCUUUGCCAGCGCGGACGCCCUGACAACUCUCCGUCGUACAGGAACGCUCGAGGUCACAUUUCCGCGUUUCCAUCUGCUGCGUAACAUCACACGGUACAUGCGCUACAGCUCGGCCUCGUAUGGGUCUCAUUUUCUCAAGAUGUUUGGAAUCUCCAAGACCAUGCCACCCAUGCUGAAGGCACUCGACAGCACACACCACGAGGUGCGCUACUUUGCACAUCAUACCCAGUCCUCACCACAGUCCGUCUUGCUGUCAUCCUUCGUCGAUGCCCAGGGAGGGAGUGACGCCACAGGUUCGACAGAGUCGGGCGUGCCCUUGGUUCACUACAUCUCCAUAGACGACGAGUCCAAGGCAGUGGUUCUGGCCUGUCGUGGAACGUUGGGGUUCGAGGAUGUCCUGGCUGACAUGACAUGCGACUACGACGACCUCGUCUGGCGCGGCAAGACCUACAAGGUGCACAAGGGGGUGCACGCCUCCGCAAGACGACUGCUGUACGGCGGCGACGGCCGAGUGCUGGUCACCAUCAAAGCAGCGCUGGAAGAAAAUCCCGACUAUGGGCUUGUGCUCACGGGGCACUCUCUCGGAGGCGCUGUGACGGCCCUGCUGGGCAUCAUGCUCUCUCAACCCGUGGACAGCGGCACCUCUUUCGUUACCUCUGACGAGCCACACCGUCGAUCUCUCCCUGCUCCCUCUGCUUCCCCUACCAAUUCGUCUUCAGCAUCAUCAUUCUCAUGCUCCCCCGAUAUCUUCCUCCCGCCCGGCCGGGCCAUCCACGUUUACGCAUACGGUCCACCUUCAACGGUGUCACCCUCUCUCCGCCGAGCCACGCGCGGACUCAUUACCUCCGUCGUCCAUGGACAGGACUUAGUACCCUACCUCUCCCUUGGCGUCCUUCACGACUUUCAGGCCGUCGCCUUGGCGUUCAAAACCGACAACGCAGACGCGAAGCAGGAGAUCAAGCAGCGCGUCUGGGAGGCCCUGCAAAGCGGCCUGAUGGACAAGUGCAGCGGAAUGGGAGGGGGAAGAGGAGGAGGAGGAGGAGGAAAGGACACUGGCAGGAGUGCUGCCACGGAGGAAGACGAGAAGUGGGCGUUUGCGGCUUUCAAGACGCUCCGGGUCAACAUGAUGAGCGAGAAGCUUCUGCCCCCAGGUGAGGUCUUUGUGGUCGAGACGGAGAAGGUCCUGCGGCGGGAUGCGUUCAUCGACCCGGACGCUGAGGCUGCUGGGAAGGGCAAUAAUCAGUACGUCAGCCGCCCGGCCAGGAGGAUCGUGUUGAAGUACGUCCGGGAUGUAGAGACACGGUUUAGAGAAAUCCGUUUCGGCGCGACGAUGUUGACGGAUCAUAACCCGGCCAAGUAUGAGGACGCGCUGGAAGGGCUGCGGUUUGGCGUCGUC